CCGUGCGCCGUUCUCUCUUCCAGCUGGAGGCAGAAGCUGUCUUCAGGGCCAUCACUAUUGCCAGCCAGACCAACUGUCCUCUCUAUGUGACUAAAGUGAUGAGCAAAAGCGCUGCUGACCUCAUCUCACAAGCCAGGAAGAAAGGCAACGUGGUGUUUGGUGAGCCCACCACAGCCAGCCUGGGGACCGACGGGACACACUACUGGAGCAAGAACUGGGCGAAGGCUGCAGCGUUUGUGGUCUCUCCUCCUCUGAGCCCAGACCCCACAACUCCUGACUACAUCAACUCCCUCCUGGCCAGUGGUGACCUGCAGGUUUCAGGAAGUGCCCACUGUACGUUCAGCACCGCACAGAAAGCAAUUGGAAAAGACAACUUCACAGCAAUCCCAGAGGGGACCAAUGGCAUAGAGGAACGAAUGUCUGUCAUCUGGGACAAGGCAGUGGCCACAGGGAAGAUGGAUGAAAAUCAGUUUGUGGCUGUGACCAGCACUAAUGCUGCAAAAAUCUUCAACCUGUACCCACGGAAAGGAAGAAUAGCAGUGGGCUCCGACAGCGACCUGGUUAUAUGGGAUCCUGAUGCAGUGAAGAUCGUCACGGCAAAAACCCAUCAGUCUGCAGCUGAAUACAACAUCUUCGAAGGGAUGGAGCUGCGUGGGGCCCCGCUGGUUGUCAUAUGCCAGGGGAAGAUCAUGCUGGAGGAUGGCAACCUGCACGUGACCCAAGGGACUGGACGGUUCCUGCCCAGCAGCCCGUUCCCUGACUAUGUCUACAAGCGGAUCAAAGCCAGGAGGAAGGUGGCGGAGAUGCAUGCUGUGCCUCGGGGCAUGUAUGAUGGACCCGUGUUUGACCUGACCACCACCCCCAAGGGGGGCACACCUGCGGGGUCAACCAGGGGGUCCCCCACACGACAAACACCCCCCGUCAGGAACCUCCAUCAGUCUGGAUUCAGCCUGUCAGGUACCCAGGUCGAUGAAGGGGUUCGCUCUGCGAGCAAGCGCAUCGUCGCGCCCCCGGGAGGCCGCUCCAACAUCACCUCCCUGAGCUAAACCCCCUGCCGAGGAGACGAAAUCCCUGCUCAAGCGAAGGAAGAAAAAUGGUACAUUGGUGUUUAAGAAGGAAAAGCAAAUAAACCUGUUCUGAAGAAUCAAAAAGCCUCAAGCCUUAUGUUUCACAAAUGCUACUUGCUACCUAGCUUUAAAGAUACUGCUUCGUUUUGUUUUAUGCGUAGCCUUAAAAUUCUGUUGUUGUUGUUGUGGGUUUGGUCGGGUCGUGUUUCACUCCUCCUUUCUGUAUGCAUGCCGCUCAGACAGGUCGCUCGGUUCGGUGUGGUGUUGGUGUGAAGCGGGCAGGGUGCCCGGGGGCAGUGGGAAGGACCCGCACGGGGGGCAGGC